CUACUGCAACAAAACUUACCCUUUUUGGCCAACAGGCGAGAGGCUCCACUUGGACCCGAUUUCCCUCAAUUCGCUACUUAUGUCAACUGGAAUCUGGAUCUCUUCCACAUCUUACGCUAUACGCUACCGCACUCUGGGGUGUGUUUGUCGGGAGGCUUUCCGGUCGCAUCCCGGUCGACAAUGGCUUCACUCAUGGCUAUCAACUCGGCACCCCGAGGGCCUUGAGAGGCUCCGUCCUCUUUCUAACCCGCACUUAAAUUGCUUCACAUUUCCUCUCUUUAUCCAGCGCCAGUUAUUCUAAGAGAAUUCUGUGAUCUGCGCUUUUCAUCAACAUUUUUCCAACCCUGAAGACUACAAAAUGUCUGAAAUGUCCGAGAUUCGAAUCCUGGAUAACUCCACGGUCCAUGGCUUGUUGAUCAAUCUCUCGAAAGCAGAAACAGUUGGGUUUCGGCAAGUGGUGGAGCGAACGUUUGAAGACUUCUCCGUCAACGGUGAACGUCAAUACCAACCUAUGCCAAGCGUUGCCAAUCGUCCCAACGGGCAAAACACCCUCUUCCGGCCCUUCACAUCUGACACAGGUAUUGGGACCAAAAUAACUGUCGAACCUCCCACUAGACCAGAUGGCAAGAAGGACCCUCUACAUGGCGUCAUUGUUCUGGUUGACGGGAAAGGCUAUCCGAAGGGGCUCCUGAGCUCCGAAGAAGUGACCGGCUACCGCACCUCGAUGAAUGUCAUGGUUCCCUUCUCAUGGAGGAAACAUGUGGGCGACAUUAUUAUCUUCGGUAGUGGCAUGCAAGCCUUGUGGCAUACUCGACUGAUCCUCAUGCUAAGGGGGUCGGAAGUGAAGAGCAUCACAUAUGUCAGUCCGAUGAGAGACCAAGCCCAGCAGUUGAUUGCUACGGUCUCUGCGGAGAACUCCGCGCGCUGGAACGCCAAUUGCUCCUUUGAAUUUAUCGAUAACAAUGCCGCCGACUUCCAACAGAAGCUGCAGCUUCGCUUGCGCAACGUCGAUUGUAUCUUCUGCACGACGCCAUCCAAGAAACCCCUGUUCCCGGCGAGCUAUGUCACCAACAGAGGCAGUCGACAGCCAUUGAUCUCCGCGAUUGGCUCUUGGCAGGCCGACAUGAUCGAAUUGGACCCUGAGUUAUUGAAUCUUGCCGUCGCACCCAAUGCCGGGUAUAACUUUCUCACCGGUAAGGAUGAUGGUGCCAUCCUGGUCGAUGAUCGAGAAUUUGCCCUCACGAAUUCCGGGGAGCUUGUCAAGAGUCGUACGAACGCCAAGGACGUCAUUGAGCUGGGUGAGAUUCUUGCGUUGAGGAGUGGAAAAUUGUCCCCGCAGUCUACGAGAGAGAUGGCCGUCGAAAAGACAGACCGUUUUGUUGCCGAGGGACUCAUCAUUUACAAAAGUGUUGGUGUAAGUCUGACUGACUUGACUGUGAGUGAUGCUAUUUUGAAAUUAGCCAAGGAACGACAGCAGAAGUUGUGA